ACUAGACUACAGUCAGCUGCUCUGUCAGACAGCGAAUCAGGACAGAAACGUUCAGGACAACGACUGAAACGUUCAGGACGUCCAGGAGCUAGACUGCAGUCAGCUGCUGCUCUGUCAGACAGCGAAUCAGGACUGAAACGUUCAGGACAAGGACAGAAACAUUCAGGCUCAGCACAUGGUAUAAGAGGGUCAAGUUCUUGAUUUUUGAAGACAUGCCAGCACCCUACAGCGUAUAAGUGGGUGGAAUGUGAAACCUGCAACUCCUGGUUCCACUGUAUUUGCGUGUCAGUGAAGCCUAGCCAGGCGUCACAACCUACUUUCCACUUCAAGUGUUCAUUUUGCAACUAAU